AUCUGUGUGAUUAUCAAUACUAACCACGGAACAAAAACAACAGUAUUGGUGGUCAUUAUUUUAGUAAAGAGCCGCUUUAAUAACAGACGCCUGGUGUGGUGGUCUUCACUGCAUGAUAACUUCACUUCGGCGUUAUAAUGUCAGGAGUGUCGCGGUGGCAGUGUGGAGCACUUCUCUGCUCUUCCACGGACUGCAGGCAGCUGCAAUGAUGCUCUCUGCGGUUUGCUGGUAAUAAAAUCACAAAUACAAAGACGAGGACAUCUCAGUCGCAAGGGCAACACCCGUCUCCUGUAUUUUAGGUCACCGAAAAAACCGUCAGGACAAAGGCAGAUUGUAGCUUCUCUGUUAGGAUGUCAUCAUCUGAAAAUGCUGCGUCACAUAAAGUUUUUGACGCCUCACCCCCUACAGCAGAAGCUGACGAACCCGUGAGGAUUGUUCUGUUGGGGAGGACAGGAACAGGCAGAAGCUCCUCCGGCAACACCAUCCUGGGCAAAUCCGCCUUCUGUGUCAAGGUCUCCCCCUGUUCUGUCACCACACAGUGUAACAGACAGACUUGGACAGUAGACGGGCGGAGCAUCUCUGUGAUUGACACUCCAGGUUUCUUCCACACACACCUGUCCCCUGAGGAGGUCAUGGCAGAGGUGGGACAGUGUGUUGUCCUGUCCUCUCCGGGACCCCACGCCUUCUUGGUGACCCUGCAGCCUGGCAGAUUCACCCACGAGGAGAAGGAUGCUUUAGAGUGGAUCAAGGCCAUGUUUGGACCUGGAGCUGCCAGGUUUACCAUGGCGUUGUUUACCUGGGGAGACCAGCUGCAGGGCAAACACAUUGAGGACUUCCUGGAAGAGAACAAUGAGCUGUCGGAAUUUGUCAACAGCUGCCAUGGGGGGUACCAAGUCUUUGAUAAUAGUGAACAGCUCAAGACAACGGAGUGCUCACAACAGGUCAGACAGCUUCUGAAGAAGGUAGACAACAUUGUGGCGACCAAUGGAGGCAGUUGCUAUAGCAGUGAGAUGUUCAAGGAGGCUGAGAGGGCCAUCAGAAGGGCACAAGAGAGGAUUCUGGGAGAAAGAGGACACAAAGUGGAGUCCCUUCAGAAGGAGGCUGAAGACAAACAGGAGCCGGGACCAGAGGUGGAGAGGAGGAGGGAGGAAGAAGAGGCCAGGAAAAGGGCGGAGAGGCUUUUCUGGUGCGAGCUGGUGACGGCGCUGGGAAAAGGUGCAGCAGAGGGGGCAGGGAUCAUGGGGAAAGACAAAGGAAAAGGGAAAGCUGUGAAGAAGGUGAAGGUGAUGGAGAAGGCGGCAGCUCUGGCUGCAUCGCCUCUGUCCAUCAGUUCUGCUGCAAAAGCAGUGGGAGGGGCUGUGAGAGAGGGAAGCAAGGUGUUAUAUAAACACAGAAAAACCUUCCUGCACUGAUGACUAUGACCAUAUUUAAUGAGGUGUUUCCAGGAAACAGGGACAUUGUGGCGUCUGUGGUCAGCAGUCACGUAGCUUUGUUUUCACUGUCAAUCAUACAUCUAAUGUUAUCAGUCUGUUUAACAUCAGCACAACGCACCAGCACUUUCAGAUCAUACUGUUAAAUAAGAAUGUAUGUAUGUAUGUAUGUGUGUAUGUAUUUGUCCUCCCUACAGAAAGGUAAACAUCCUGGUGUGUUGCAGUCCAUCUGGAUUGGUAACAAAAGAACAUAGCCACACCUUUGAUUUGAGAGAAUUCACGUUAUAAUAAAUGUCAU